UGUGUCCUUGGCUCCAUAGACAAGCAGCAGGUCAGCUAGAGAGCGACCACUGGAUUUGACAGCUAUUGGAAGCCGAACCGGCGGGCGCCAUCAGGGGAGCAGCAUCACUUUCACUUUUUGAAAAUAUUGCCACCCUCGCCGAGUGAACACAACAACAACAACAACAACUCAAGAUGGCUUUCUUGCUCAAGAGCAUGAUUGGGAACCCCCUGUCGGGGAUCGGGCUCGGUGGUGGAGGCGACAAGGAGGAGGAGGCCGCCCCCACAGAUCCGGCCAAAGCAGCGGGGAUGACACGCGAGGAGUAUGAAGAGUACCAAAAGCAGGUGGUGGAGGAGAAGAUGGAGAGAGAUGCAGAUUUCUUACACAAGAAGGCCGAACGAGCAACGUUGAGGGUCUGCCUCAGAGAAAAGUACCGGCUGCCAAAGAGCGAGCAGGACGACAACAUGAUCGAGAUCGCCGGGGACGACGUGGACGUGCCCGAGGAGCUGCUCAAGAUGGUGGACGAGGACGCCACGGAGGAGGAGGGCAAGGACUCCAUCAUGGGCCACUUUCAGAACUUGCAGAACAUGGACAUGGACCAGCUGAAGGAGAAGGCCUCGGCCACCGUCACCGAGCUGAAGAGCAAAGCGGAGGAGAAGUGCUCCGUCAUGUGAACAGUCGGAGCGACGAUGAGGAGGCGGAGGAAGAGAUGAAUGCGAGAAAAUGUGUGUUUGACGCUCUCUGGGAAUCUGCAGACCGAAGUUGUGUUAACGAGUCUGGGCUCCAGCCCACGAAGCAAAUGAUCUCUGCAAUCUGAUUGGGUGUUGCGUCAUCACCACGGAGGAUGAUGUACAUGUUUCCCUGCUAGCUCGGUACUAAAUGGAUAGUCAUUAAAAAUCUAUCUUUGCAAUACACUGACCACCUGCUCAAGGGGUUUUCCACAAUACAUUAAAAUAAGAAUGAUUCCUCGUGGUAUUGUGGUGUUAUGUCAAGUUAAAAAAUACAGUGAAGUUAAAAAUACAAUCCCGUGUGAGUGUUUGAAUUGUCAUUUUGUUGGCUAUGUAGUUGGUUUGUGAUCUUUAUAGUUUGGACAUUUCAAUUUUUUUUCUCCUCCUUUUUCGGUGUUAUUACUUUGAAUUUCUUCAUAUACACAUUUUAAGUGUAAUAAAAACUGUCGAGCGGGAAACAUUUACGGAGGCAUUUUGGAGAUUUGCACAAAUCAUAACUUUAAAUACUAAAUAAGGAAAUGCAUUUACAUAAAUACUCUAACAUAUCGAGUCACAGGAUACUUAGCCACCCAAGUAUGAAUGUCAUGAACAUUCAAAGUAUAGUAUCUCAUAUAAAGUCACAAAAUAUGUAAAGAAGUCAUACAAGUUUUAAUAUAGCAUUUCAUAAAAGAGUCAUCGUAUAAUAUGUCAUAGAAAGUAAUGAAAGACAGUUUAGUAUGUGAUAAAAAAUCAUAUUAAAUGGCGUAUUAAAUAUCCCAAAAUCUAAAAGUCAUAGUAUAGGAUGUUUAAAAAUGUAAAAAUAAAAUUGUCUUGUCAUCAAAAAAGUCAUAGUAUUUUAUGAUUAUCAUGAACAUUUAGAUUAUAGUAUAUUGAAAAAUGACAUAUCUUGUAUUUAAAAUGUCAUCAAAUGUGAUGGUAUGUCAGUCAUAAAUAAUCAUAAGAUAGUAUGAACAAUUAUAAUUUAUUAUGUCAUAAAAGUCAAAGAUUAUCCAAGUAUUGUAUGUCGUAGAAUAGUAAAUUAAUGUAAUAGUAAAGUAUGUCAUAAACAAGUAAAAAAGUCACAGAAGGGUAUAAGUAUAGUAUAGUAUAGUGUGGUUUAGUAUAGAGUAAAAAAACAACAACAUGGCAUAACAUGUCACAUGUGGCAUAGGAAUGUGUGUAUUUCAUAAAAUGGUCACAGUAUAAUAAAAUGGUUUGUCAUAAAAGGUCAUGUAGUGUUUCAGAUUUUAAAAUGAUAUAUGUGACAUGAUGUUCACUUUGUUGUUAAAUGAGACGGUGGAAAUAAAUAAACAAACAAACAAAACCUU